AUGUUGAACCCUGGAUACGAGCUUACUUGUCGCCAGACAGUAUCUAAAAAUCUAGUUCCAAGAUUAUACAAUUCCACAUUAGAAGAUUUAAAAAAAAAAGUUGAAACUGCACUUGCAGUUUCAUUAACAACAGAUGGAUGGACUUGUAUAAAUAAUAGGAGCUAUAUUGCAGUCACAGCUCAUUUUAUUGAUGGUGAUGGUAAAAUGUGUUCCGUUUGUCUUGGUUGUGAAUAUUUUGACCAACGUCACACGUCAGAUAAUUUAGCUGCCUUUUUAAAAAAAAUAGCAAUUGAAUGGAAAGUGAAUAAUAAAGUUGUAGCCAUUGUUACCGACAAUGAUUCAAAUAUUUCUAAAGCUGUAGGUCAAUUACAUUAUCGACAUAUAGGAUGUUUCGCCCAUUCCAUUAAUCUUGUUGUUCAACACUCUCUAGAGAAUAUUUCGGUAAUAGUAUCUAAAGUAAAAAAAAUUGUUGAGUUUUUUAAACGUAGUAGUAAUGCAUUAGUAAAACUUAAUUCAACACAAACUCAAAUGGGUCUACCUACAUUAAAAUUAACGCAAGACUGUGUGACCAGAUGGAAUUCGACAUAUGAUAUGUUGAAGAGAAUUGUUUCCAUCAAAGAUGCUGUAAUUUCAACUUUAGCUGUGUUACAAACCGAAAUUGCAGUUUUAACUCCAGCUGAAUGGGAUAUAGUUGAAAAGGCCAUUGAUGUACUGCAAAUUUUUAAUGAAGUCACCAUCGAAGUCAGUUCAGAAAAAACACUGUCUGUGUCAAAGGUAAUUGUUUUAGUUAGUUCUAUGUUCCAGACUAUAGAAACUUAUGUUCAUGACAUUUCUUUGCCGUAUGAAGUAAACCAAAUGACCAUUUCUCUAAAAAAUCAAUUAAAGAAAAGGUUCAGUGAGGAAAAUGAAAUAAUGGCACAAGCCUCGAUUUUAGAUCCGAGGUUUAAAAAAUAUGGCUUAAUGAGUGAUAACAAAUUUAAAAAUGCUUUUUCUCUUUUGAGAUCACGUUUAGGAAAUAUUCGCUUACCAUCAAAUCAAAUAGACAAUGCUGAACAAACACCUUCCACAUCUACAUCAACUCCAUCUCCAUCUCCUUCAGUAUCUCUGUUGUGGAAAGUCUAUGAAGAAAAAGUAGAACAAUUCAAAGCCAUUCAGACAUCAACAGCAUCCGGAAUAAUAGAAUUGGAUAGAUAUAUGCAAGAGCCAUUAUUAGAUCGGCAUGAGGAUCCUUUGAAAUGGUGGCAUGAACGAAAACAUAUAUAUCCUCAUCUACACAAAUUUGUCAUUAAGCGACUCUGUGUGACUGCAACUAGUGUUCCUUGUGAAAGGAUAUUUUCAGAAGCUGGCCAGAUUAUAACUUUGAAGAGAAACCGCUUGGAUACAAAAAGAGCAUCACAACUUAUUUUCCUGCAUAAUAAUUUAUAA